GGGUCUAUCUCGGCGUACAGAGACCAAGCUGGAGAGGACAGCAUCCAGAGGACAGCAGGAAGCAGACAACAUCCAGAGGACAGGAUGCAGACGGUGGAGCAGCAAUGACGUAGAUAACAAAAGGACGCGGAGCAAGAGGAUGCCGCAGAAGAAGAUCUUCCUGGUGUUCAUGGUCGUCGCCAUGGUGACUCUGCUGCUGCACGGCGGCGGCCAUUGGAGCCGGACCACGCAGGAUCUCCACAGCAACUGUCCUGCCCCGUGUUCCCACUGUGCUGCAACCCUGAAGGCAAAGCACACCAACGUGGCGUUCUUGAAGACCCACAAGACGGCCAGCACCACAGUGCAGAACCUUUUAUUCCGCUUCGCAGAGCGCAACAACCUGACGGUGGCACUUCCCAGGCAGGCCUGCAGCCACCAGUUCUGCUACCCGCGUUCCUUCAGCGCUCACUUUGUGCACCCGCACACACUGCCGCCCAACAUCAUUAGCAGCCACAUGCGGUUCAAGGAGGCGGAGGUGCGCCGCCUUAUGCCCAACAACACCGUCUACGUCACUAUCCUGAGAGAACCAGCGUCCAUGUUCGAGUCCUUGUUCAGCUACUACAGCCAGUACUGCCAGAGCUUCAAGGUCGCCAACGAAUCGCUGGAUGUUUUCUUGGCGCAGCCUUGGCGCUACUACCGCCCACAAGACAAGCACUCCAUGUAUGCCCGCAACACGCUAACGUUUGACUUGGGUGGUGACAAGGACCGUGCUGCUACCGAUGUGGCGUAUGCGCGGUUCUUGGUGGGUGAAGUGGAGCGUGUCUUCUCCUUGGUGAUGAUCGCAGAGCAUUUUGACGAGUCUCUGGUUCUGCUGCGCCACCUCCUCUCCUGGGAUCUGGACGAUGUCGCGUACGUGAAACUCAACAUGCGCACACCCGGCUCCAAGCACCAGCUGACUCCGGGACUCUCCGCUAAAAUCCGGGCGUGGAAUUGGUUAGACGCACGCCUCUAUGACCACUUCAACGCAUCACUGUGGCGCCAGCUGGCAGCUCUGGGUCCGGCCUGUGUGGAGCAAGAGGUGCGCCUCCUACGUGACGCCCAGGAGAGGCUGCUGCGACGGUGUUUUGGUGGGCGCCAGCCUCUCUUUCGCCCUGCGGCGCAGAUUGAGUACAAGGAGUUACGGCCCUGGCAGCCCAGUUCCAAAGUGGAGAUCGUGGGCUACGAUCUUCCUGCAAACGUGAGCCAUGGGUUGUCCGGCUGGGCCCAGGAACCCUGCCUGAAGCUAAUCAUGCCUGAGGUACAGUACACCAGGGUUCUGCUCCGCUCGCAAUCUAUUCGCUACCGUCAGAACCGCCAACCGUGACAUCUGCUGUAGUCGGUAUACAGCAGCCACGUGCAAGCUGCUGCUCCGGGAUUGACCACCAGCAGUACGAUGCCAUGCCGUGCAGAUGGUGAGGACUCUCCUCAGGGAGCUCUAUGUGAGUCCUCCCAUCUUAUGUUCGGUGUCCAGCUCCCUUUUACUUAAACGCACAAAGACAUCGGCUGACACACUUUAAGACAUCACAGGGAUCACGUCCAAUCCUGAAUACCCUGAUGACCCAGCAUAUUGAACACGGAAGCAAAUAAGAGGACACUGGGAACACGGGACGAACAUACGAGUGUGCGUUCACUGCAUCACCAUGACAACCAGUGUGAAACAUGAGCAUUAUUUACUUUAUUUAAACUUUAUUCUUUGAAGGACACUCAUUGUACACAGUUGACAAAAAGUAUGACUAUUUGUAUGUGUGAGAGAGAGAUGACUCGUUAUGAUGAUAACUUGUGUAUUGGCAUUAUUUCUAUCUUUCCUCCUGGUCACAUGAUUUAUUCUCACGUGUCUGAAAAGGGCGGGGCCUGAGAGAGGCAGGCCCUCAGAAACAAUCAGAACUGAUAACAAAUGAAAUAAAGUUAAAUCAUAAAUCAUUGUUCCAAGUCGGAACGAUAUGAUAUGUGUAAGUGUAGGAGGUUUAUUUGUUCAUAGAAUGCACACAGAACAAUAAACAACUCCAUAUCUGUCUCCUUUCUUCCUCCUAACAAGUACUCAGUGUCCAACUACUCAAAGCCAUUAUUGGUUAUGAUCUGUCUGAGAGGAUUCAGGGCUAAUCAUACAAUAAAAAGCAAUAUUAUAUAGUCACACCAGGAGGUGCUCGGACUUUUACAACAAAGUAUCAGAAUUUUUCCCGGAGAAGGAAAGGCUACACAUACGUCAUAUACAAAUAAAAGGUAAGCACACAAACGUUUUAAAUGUAUUUUUUUAAUAAAUUAUUUGGUGUAAUGAGAAAUCUGUAUUAACAUUUUUUUAAUAAUCCAAAGGAGUCAGUGCCUCACCAGCCAUGAACGUCACCGCACAUCAAGCCUGGUCCCUGAACGUUACAGUAACAUUACUGACACCAAGUGACCAGUGUUAAAUACUACAUAGCUUCAAAAUGUAUAGGUUUAAUUUUAUUUUAUAACUUUAUUUUACUUUGUAUAUAAACCUCAUUGUGUCACUCAAUUGCACUUUGAAAUUGCUAAAAUGUAAAAUGCAAUAAAAAAAUAACAUUUAUUAUUAUUAUUUAUUAGCCUCCUUCUGGGCUCCUCUGCCUCUCUCUAGUGGACAGAGACAGCAUUGCAGCGCCACCUAUCUAUUUUCUAUACCACUUUAAAGUCUUUGCUCAGACGCAAUGCAAUAUGGGAAAAGUUUAAAAUAGUUGUUUUUUUUAUUUUAAACCCAAAUUGGUACUUGUUUGUAUAUUUAUUAAGUAUACAUUUUGAGUGUUAAGUUGCUGUGUGAUGAGUUUAGUGUUAUUUGUGAGAUGCAACAGUGAGUCAGAACGCACAGAAAAGUUCAUGUCUCACAUGAGGAUUGUGGAUGAUGGGAAAAAUUCCUCAAAAAGUCUUUUAACGCCUUCUUAAAAAAACGUAUCAUUGGUAAAUUGAUCCAGACAGAAGGCGAUAUCCAUAAUACAGUAAUCCUCCCAUAGUACAAUGGUAAACUAUAGUACUGUAAACACCUGUUUUCAUUGUUUUGAUUUGUGUUUUGAAUUUGAACUGUGCAGUAUUUGUUCGCAUUUUGAAGCAUACACGACAGCCAUCUUUAAUAUUUAUCAUAUUUAAGUGUCAUCGUGUUGUGUGUGAUUAAACAAAACAAAUCAAAACAAAACAACCUUGACACUAAAAGUCUGCGGCGCCCUCCAGUGGUCUCAGCGGGGAGCACACACCCCUUCACCUGCGUGGACCAGGACCGCGAUGGACGCAACGGUCCAGAAAUAGCACGAUGCGUGCGUCAAAGUCCACUUCCGGUGGAAUGAUGCGGCAAAGAGCGUUCCCAUGGCCACGUCUGAGAGCUAAGAGUGAUUUUAUGUGCAGUUUGCUAAAUGUUGUU